AUGAGAGGCUUCUUCCUUCUCACUGCUGCCAUUGGCGCAGUCAACGCUGGCGUUUUAGAUUUCCGUCGUCACCAGCCUCAAGGUUACUCAAGAUCUGUGGUUCAUGAAACACAAGACUUUGCUGUUCGCGCUGAGAAGCGGACCGACCCUUACCCUCCUCCCGCUGACCAGGGAUCCUAUCCUCCUCCCGCCGAUGAGGGAAGUUAUCCUCCUCCUGCCAACCAGGAGACUGAUGUCUACCCUGCCCCGGAUGUUCCUGAGAACACUGAGCCUGCUGCGCAGGAAUCAUCUCAGGAUGUCCCUCCUCAACCUACUUCCGAGGCUCCAGCUCCUACCUCUGAGGCUCCUGCCCCUCAAGAGCCCACCUCCGAGGCCGUUGAAAAGGAUACUACUCAAUAUGCUCCACCUCCUGCUGUUCCCACUGUCGCUACCACCGAAGCCGAAGAUACCACCGACUAUGCUCCUCCUCAGUCUGCAGCCACUGAUACUGUUAGCAAGCCUGCCGUAGAUGAGACUACUGAGGCUGCUACUCCCACUGACGCCUAUCCUCCUCCCGCCAACACCCCUUCGGAUGCUUAUCCUCCUCCCGAGAAUGCUCCAUCGACUGAGGCUGGACAAGAGUCUACUGCUGAGGCUACUUCUGCUACUGACGUCCCUGUUGAAACCCCUUCGGAUGUUUACCCCCCUCCAGAGGGUGUUCCAACCACCGAGUCUGCACAAGAGCCUACUGCUGAUGUCACUACUGAUGCUGCCACUGCUGAUGCAACCACUGAUGCUGCUACUGCUGGUGUCACUACCGCAACUGAUUUGUACCCCCCUCCUGCUCAAACCGACGCCACCCAGCCCGCUCAAGAGGACUCCACUGAGGCUCUUACUGCUACUUCCGACUAUGCCCCUCCCGAGAGCACCGAUGUGACCCAAGAGGGAUCUACCGUUGUCGCUACCUCCACUGGUGCUUAUCCCCCACCUGAGGGUACCAACACAGAGCCCGGCUCGGCAGCUACCACCACCGAUGUUCCUAACGACACUACUGAGCCCGCUCUGCCCGAGACCACUGAAGUUGAGAGCGCCUCUACUACUGAGUGGACUACUUCAACUGUCUACACCACCAACGUCUACACAGUGACAUCAUGCCCUCCCGAGAUCCCCGAUUGCCCCAACAACAAGCAUGUUACCACUGAGACUAUCGCUGUGUCGACUACCAUCUGCCCCGUUACUGAGAAGGGCGAGACUCCCGUUUCUACCCCUGAGUACCAGGUCCCCGGCUCUACCGAGUCUGAGCACCAGAACACCGAGACUGGUACUGUUUCUCUGCCUGUUGAGACUGAAACUGCUCCUAUUGAGACUGAGACUGCUCCUGCUGAAGCUGGAUCUACUCAACCUGAUGUCGAGCCAUCUACUGGUGUCUACCCUCCUCCCGAGGCUGGAACCGAGACUGAAUCUGCUUCUAUCCCUGUGGAGACCGAGACCGAGACUCAGAAGGUCCCUGAACAGACUGAGACUGUUACCCCCACUGGUGUUUACCCCCCUCCUGCUCAGUCUACCUUUGAGACUACUGAGGGUGCCGAGACCGAGACCAUUCCUGCUGAGACUGACUCCGUACCUGCCGAGACUGAGACCGUCUCCGUUCCUGUUGGGACUGAGACUGCUCCCGCUGAAGCUGGAUCUACUCAACCCGCAGUCGAGUCUUCUACUGGUGUCUACCCUCCUCCUAAGCCUCACACUGAGACUGCCGGUACUGGAACAGAGACUGUCACCGAUAGCCCCACUCAGACUGAGCCAGCCAUCGAGACAACAAGCCAAUGGACCACCUCAACCGUGUACACAACUACCGUCCGAACCAUCACUUCUUGCCCACCUGAGAUCCCUGACUGCCCUAACAACAAGCACGUCACCACAGAGACCAUCGCCAUCUCUACAACUAUCUGUCCCGUUACUGAAGCUCAGCCCACCAAGCCUGUCACUGUCACUGAGGACCAGCCUGCCACUGAGACUGAGGAUAAGCCUGCCACCGAAACUGGAGACAAGCCUGCCACCGAGGCGUCUACUGUCCCCGUCACCGAGUCUGAGGAGCAGCCUACCAAGCCCGUCACUGGACACGAGGGAUCCACCAAGCCGGCAACCGAGGAACAGCCCACAGAGACUGAGACUCAGGCUAUCACUACCGAUGGCAACAAGUACCCUGUUCCUACCGAGAGCGGAGAGCAGUCCACUUAUCCCGUCACUGGCACUGAGGAGCAGCCUGCGCCUACCGAGCCUGCUAGCACCACUGACUGGACUACCUCAACUGUUUACACAACCAACAUCCGCACUGUUACUUCUUGUGCUCCUGACGUCCCUGAUUGCCCCGUCACUCCUCAUGUCACUACUGAGACUAUCGCCAUCUCUAUCACCGUCUGCCCUGUCACCGAGAUUAUCCCUUCUAAGCCUGUCACCAAGGUCAUCAUCACAGAGAACGGAUCUACCAAGACUAUCGCUACGACGGAGGAGCAGGUCACUAAGCCUGCCACCCAGGAGCAGCCUACUGAGGCAAUCUCUACAAACCCUGCCACUGAGGAAGAACCCACCAAGCCUGCUACCAAGCCUGUGACUGGAGGCCAGUCCGAAGCUGGAUCUACUCAGCCUGCUUCUCCUUCUACUACUGAGUGGACCACCUCAACUGUUUACACGACCAACGUCCGCACUGUCACUUCUUGCGCGCCUGAUGUUCCCGACUGUCCCGUUACUCCCCACGUCACCACCGAGACCAUUGCUAUCUCUACCACCAUCUGCCCCGUGACUGAGCAGCAGCAGACUAAGCCUCAUGCCACUGGUCCUGAACCCACUGAGCCCAAGCCAACCGAGCCCAAGCCCACUGAGCCCCAAGCUACCGGACCUCAGCCUACUGAGCCAGCCAAGACAACUGGUUACACUACCUCUACUGUCUACGCUACCAGUGUUCGAACUGUCACUACCUGUGGCCCCGAGGUUCCUGACUGCCCAUUGACCCCUCACGUUACCACUGAGACUAUCGCUAUCUCUACUACCGUGUGCCCGGUUACCGAGGAACAGUCCCAACCUACCAAGCCUGCUGGCGAGCAGCCUUCUGAGCCCGAGCAGCCUGGACAACCUGGCAAGCCUGAAGAACCUGCUCCUACCAAGCCUGCUGGUGGCAAUGAGCCUUACCCAGUUCCUACUCAGCACAUUGUGACAACUGGCUACUCCACUUCUACCAUCUACACGACCGCCAUCCGCACUGUCACGGCCUGCGCCCCUGGUGUUGCCAACUGCCCUGAAGGUCCUCACGUCGUCACCGAGACCAUCGCGCUCUCAACCACUGUCUGCCCUGUCACCCAGACCCAGAUUGUCCCCGGACCUGGAGCUACCUAUGGUCCUCACCAUGGUAACAUGACUUCCACUCUUUACACGACCAAGUACUUCACUGUCACUGCCUGCCCUCCUCAGGUCACAGACUGCCCUAUCGGCCAGGUGACUUCCUCAGUCUACGCCACGGCCACCACUCAGAUUCAGCAGUGGAACCCUUCCCACUCUGGCGUCUAUCAGCCUCCCGCUCCCACCAACGUCAUUCCUCCUACCGUGUCUACGACUUAUGUCCCCGGCAACCAUGGUGACCAGGAGACUACGUUCCGGUACGAGACUCCGGUGCACACUCCCAAGCCCAUUGGGACUCCCAAGCCCAUUGAGACUCCUCAGCCUGUUGAGACUCCCCAGACGACUGCUUCUGAGAAGCCAGCUGCUCCUUACUACCCACCUCCUCCUUACUAA